GUCCUCGUCGGCAAACCGAGCCCGCUGCCGAGUUAGAGGAUGCGCGAGAGGCGGAGACCACGAGGGCUGGCAGGGGAGGGAGACGAUAGCGGAGGCAGAGAUUUGGAGUACGUCCUGAAUUGAGAGAAACAGUAUUGCUUCAGGCUUUUUAGUCUUCCUCACUGCACUCCAAACCUAUGCAUUGAAUGUUGCUGGAAGUACACAGGGCCAUGGCAGAUGACAAUACUCAAACAUCCAUACCAAAAAAGUGUGGCCCAUACGUUUCUUCAGUGACCAGUCACAGCUUGAACUUGCUGAUCCACGGGAUAGUCCUGUUUUUAAUUGGCGUCUUUCUUGCACUAGUAUUAAACUUGCUACAGAUUCAGAGAAAUGUCACCUUGUUUCCACCUGAUGUAAUUACAAGUGUCUUCUCUUCAGCUUGGUGGGUACCGCUUUGCUGUGGAACAGCAUCAGCCGUGAUUGGGUUAUUGUACCCCUGUAUGGAUAGACAUCUGGGAGAGCCACAUAAAUUUAAGCGGGAAUGGUCCAGUGUGAUGCGGUGUGUAGCAGUCUUUGUUGGCAUAAAUCAUGCCAGUGCUAUAUCCUUCUCUAUGAAAGUGGAUUUUGCCAACAACAUUCAGUUGUCUCUCACACUUGCUGCGCUUUCAAUUGGGCUAUGGUGGACAUUCGAUCGAUCUCGAAGUGGCUUUGGCCUGGGAAUAGGAAUUGCAUUUCUUGCCACGCUGGUGACUCAGUUUCUUGUCUGCAAUGGAGUGUACACUUCUCCUGACUUUCUAUAUGUGCGUUCCUGGUUACCCUGUAUAUUUUUUGCUGGUGGAAUAACAAUGGGGAACAUUGGCAGGCAGCUGGCAAUGUAUGAAUGCAAAGUUAUUGCAGAAAAGUCUCAUCAAGACUGAAAAGAGUGAAACAUACCUUUCUCAAGGAGGAUGAAUGACAGACUGGGACAAACUUGCACUAAGGAGUAUUUGAUUAUAAUGUUUCCAAGCAGUGGUCUCCUUCCCUUGUUUCUUCUUCUGCUUUCACCCUCUACCACUCAGCCUGUUCUAUCUGCAAAAUACACUGUUUACUGCAAUCUGUGAUUGCUAUAUCUGACUUGAAAAUCCUGGCAUCUUGGGAUCUGAUCAGUGUGAAAUUCAGCUAGAAGGCAACAUGCUGGACAAGAUGUUGGUUUUUAGACAAGAGCCAUUACUUUCUGAAGUAAACUAGUCUGCCAUAUGCCAUCCUCUUAUUUGCAUAAUGUUCCUGUGCCAAACUAUAUCCCCCCCCUUCCUGAUUGCAUUCCUUCUUCACUUACCUUGGACAACUUGGGGAUUUGAUGUUCUUAGAGUGUUGCUAUUUUAUUAUUCUGCAGGCCAGAGUGAUGUAUAGGUGUCCUGAGAAAGCAUAAAUAUAAAAUUAAAUAAAAAAUAUAAUCCAAGGCUGUGACUUCACAGGUCAGUUGUACAUCAGAUACAUUUAUACACAGAUUACUUGAACUGUCCUGUCUGUUCAGUGUCAUGGGUUGAUUGCAUAUUGGAUAUAAAAUCAACCUGCACCAUGCUCUGAACAGACAGGUAAGACGUCUACUGCAGUCAUGAUGUCUGUGCUUGCGGUGUAUUAAGAUUGGUGUUCCUCCAUAAAUAGGCACAUCCUGUUAUAGAACUCUUCAUCCAACACCAGCAGUAGCAUAGCUGCGAGUGCAGACAUGGCCCAAAUGAAGUGAUGUUAUUGAGACUACCUGGAAAAAAGUUAUUUAUGGAUGAUAGCUUUAUUGUGGAAACAAGAAAAUCCAAAGUUCUUUAAAUUAGUGAAAUAAGUCUCUGCCUACUUAUUGAAAGUUUUACUCUUGUUCCUUAAAUAUAAGCUUGGAUUCUUGCAUACAUUCUGAUGACAGAAGGCACAAUCUACAGUGAACUUCUAUGCAGGCCCCAUUGAACUGAAUGGAUGAGUGUGUUUGGGGAUAAUUGUCAUAAGUUACAGCAAACAUGAAAAGUUCCCAAUAGCUCGGGUGGCUAAGCUGUGAACCUCCAUAUUUUGUUGAGCUAGAACUUCCAUUAGCCCCAGCCAGCAUGGACAGUGAUCAGGGAUGACGGGAGUUGUAGUCCAACAACAUCUGGAAGGCCAGCUAGUAGUUAUAAAGGAGAUCAUCUUCUGCUUCACGAUUAUAAUCUAGGACAACUCUUGUUUAGUAGUAAGCAGCCUUGGAGUGGAGCAGGCUCUGAUUUCCCACAGUUUUCUGAAUCUAGUUAGCAUGAAAUGUGGAUGGAAUUAUGAAAGCAUGAAGGGCAGUGGUGUGGCACCACAGUAUGGCAUGUGGUAGCUACAAUGGUGGUUACUCAUGGCUAUGUCAAUUGAAAGUUAUGAAUACUACUGUAUUAUGUAACAGACUUGGUAAACCUUGGAGGACUUGUUGCCAGUUUCAAGUUUUGCUUGCUCUUGUAUCACAUGGUCUUUGCAUAUAGCUGGAAAACGUUUUUCAUCCAUCUUGCUAAAGAACUCCAAGACAGUUUAAGUGUGAUGAUAACUCUUAAAAACAUGAAGGUGUAUGUAUCUCAACUUUGGUAUUUUAAGUUUAACAUGAAGAUUAGCACCUUUGUAUAUCAUAAUUGCCCCCUGGGCAUCCUUGCAUACAGUGACUUGCACUGUUUGUCAGUGAUAGCACAUGGUCAGUUUGAAAAUGCCACUUGGAAUAAACUGAGUGACUCUUCCAUUUCUUUUUAAGCCAACAAUGCAAAGUCCUACCCAUCAUCCCAAAGUCAUUCUUGUGGACUACCGUUUUCUGUUGAUAACUAGUUUUGGAUUUAACAAAACUUUUGUUGAUUUUUAUAUAUCUGCUAGCCAGUACUGGAAUUUUGGGAGGAGAGGUUUGUAAUGGGAAUGCCUUAAUUACAGUGGUGAGAAAAGGCAGCUACUGUAUAAUGUGUAAUUAUAAUAUUAGACUGACUUCAAAAUGUUCUGUAGAGGAGGAAUAAGGUAUAUUUUAGAUACAACUUAUAAGCACUAUAAAUUCUUAACUAGUUGUGAAU